AUGUGUGGCUGCAGAACAAGUGUUCCCAGUAUGAAGCAGUACUCAGUCAGUCAGCCAGCUCCUGCUUCCACCAAAAAAGGCCCUCCAGCUGCUGCAGGCAUGCCCAAGGGUGUACCCAUUGCCAAGCAGCUGGCAUCAAUUAAAGCUCUAAGAAAAGGCUCAGACCUUGAAAAGGCUUUUGCUACAGCAGCUUUGGUGUAUAACAACCAUGCUGACCCUGAGAGCAAGCUCAGCAAAUCUGAAACCAAGAGCUUACUGCAAUCCCAGUUCUGGCAUUUCAUCCAGGGCCAAGAAAACAAACCAAAAUACCAGGAAAUAAUUUCUUCCUUGGAUGAGGAAUCAGAGAACAAAAUUAAUUUUGAAGACUUCAUGAUCUUGUUAGUCAGUCUCACUCUAAUGUCUGACCUGCUGCAGGAGAUCAAAAAUGUGAAAACCACAAAAUGA